CACUUAAGAGGAAAAAAUCCUGUGAAAAAAUAAUUUAUCUAAAUUGAAGCAAAGUUAUUUGCGGAUUAUUUAUAGAAAAGAAGGCAUUUUUGUGUGAACACUACAGAAAAAUGUCUUCCAGCUUAUCAGAUGUGUGUGGUAGUAGCAGUCGUGAUGGCGUUGGUGGUAGCGGAGCCGGUGGUGUUAAUAAUGGUGAUUGGAUUUGUGGCGAUGUAACCUGUCGUCAUUCGAAUUUCGCUCGCCGUCAGCAGUGUAACAAAUGUCAACGUGAUCGCAGCUUGGAACGCAGCAGUAGUGUGGGAAGUAGUGGUUCGAGUAAAAAGAAAUUGGGUACGGAAAUUGGAAAAGUUGCGGCGGAAAAAUCCCGGGGACUGUUUAGUGCCGAGGAUUGGCAAUGUAAUAAAUGCGCCAACGUAAACUGGGCUCGACGCGUAACUUGUAAUAUGUGUAGUGCUCCUAAGUUUUGUGAUGUUGAAGAGAGAACGGGAUUUGGUGGGGGCUAUAAUGAUCGUGGUGUAGUGGAGUACAAGGAACGUGAGGAGUCCGAUAGUGAAUAUGAUGAGUUUGGACGUUUAAAGAAACACAAAAAAAGUUUUUAUAAUAAUGAGGAAAGUGGCAUUAAACAUAAUUUCAGUAAGGAAAAGUCAACAGUAGCAGAAGAAGAUGAGGAGGAUGAAGAAGAAGAUGGCGACGAUGAUGAUUUGGCUAAAUACAAUUUAUUUAGUGAUGAUGAGGAGGCUCUGCCAUCAGUAAAAUCACAAAACCCCAAAGUGAAAGACGAUAAUUCAAAAGAUACUUCAACAAAAUCUUCAAAUGAUAUAGUAAAAUCUAAUAAUAGACGUUCAAGAUCAAGAACUCGUUCAGAUAUUAGACGGCGACAAUCAUUUGCAUCCUCCAGAGCCUCAUCCUCGUCUAGUUCUACUUCAUCAUCAACAUCCUCUUCAACAUCGUCAUCGUCGUCUUCCUCUUCCACCUCCUCCUCCGCAACUAGUUCGUCACAGCACUCAAGAUCGCCCGAAAAAGAUAGUCGCUCUAAAAAACAUUCAUAUUCGCGUUCCCGCAGUCGAAGUAGCCCAAGGUCACCAUCGACAAGAAAAAGAUCAUCCUCCCGUGAUGGCAAUACAAACAAACGAUCUCAUGAUACAUCAAAGUUGACUACAACUGAACGCCAUCAUGGCUAUUCUUCUAAAUCUCGCUCUAAGUCGCACAGUUCGAAUCACAGCUCCCGAUCUCCACCCACUAAGCGCAAAGGUGUUACUGAUCGUAACACCAGUUCAACACGAAAACACUCACGUUCACCGCGUUCGCACCGUAAGAGAACAACCCGUUCCCGUUCAGUUACACCCAAACGUAGGCGUUGAUCGUAGUAGGGUAGGAAGAAUGUUGAAAAGUAGAAAAACAUAAUAUGAAAUUUAAUUAAAACAACAUUGAUGCACUUGUUUAUAUUUAGUAAGAUGAUGUCCACACUUUAUUCCAAAUGAAAUCCCAAUUUUAAAGCAAGCGAAGACAAAGAAUGAAAUGAGCUUUUAUUAAAGCUUUGUACGAAAUUGCA